UACAAUGAAGUUAUAAGAUUGUUAGGCUUCUGAGGAAAGGUUUGGCCCAGCCAGGCUUUUGUGGUAACUUCCUCCUGUAGUGGGAGAAACUGCCGGUAAAGGAAGAAUGACAAUUUACAUACCAUAGUGCAGAUUAUCUGCCUCUCUCUUAGUCAUGGAGGGCCUGCCUGCUUGAGACAUCCUGGGAAAUCCCGAUUUGGAAGAGAAAAGUUAAAGUCACAGUGGCUGUGCUUGUAACCUUACUUGGUGUAAUUCACAUUCAGGGUCACUUCUGUUCAUAUGUAAUGAAAAGCUGCUGCUGUUCUUUUCUAUCCUGAUCUGUGGGGUCUUUCAACUUUUUUUUUUUUUUUAAUAUUUGGUCUCAGCUUCAAAGACACCACAAGAGACUUCUCACACUUUCUCUCUCUUUCCUGCUUUCCAAGACUCCAGGAAAAGCGAUUUCCGGGACCUAUUUCCUACAGGACACAAGGAGAAUGAACACUGCAGAAGGUUCUAUGGAGAAUGUGGAGUGUGCUCAAUCAUCAAGAAGAAAGAACUUGAUAAGUUCUCUUGAACACAAGAUAAAGUGCUUGGAAAGGCAGAGAAAAGAGCUCUUGGAAGUUAACCAGCUAUGGGAUCAACAAUUUACAAGUAUGAAAGAGCUAUAUAAAAAAAAGGUGGCGGAGCUGGAAAAGAAACUGGAAGCCACAGAAGGCUUCCUCAGCGAGCAGGAGCAGAGGUGGCAGCAGCAGAGUCAGAAAGAAAGCCUGUGGCCGCCAGACUACCCUCAGGAGCAGCUGCAGCACCCAGAGAAAGGAAAGGUGAACUUACAUGAAGAGCUGCAAGAGCUAAGGAAAGAGAACAAACACUUGAAGGAGAAAAAUGCUCUCACAAACAAGAAGAAGGAACACUAUGAAUGUGAAAUAAGACGCCUCAACAAGGCACUUCAGGAUAUCUUGAAAAUCGAGUGUUCUUCAUUUCCCAAGCCCAGUUUGGGGAAGCCUGAAAUGAAGUGCAGCCAGGAGGAGCUGAGAACAGAAAUGGAAGUUCUCAAACAGCAGGUGCAAAUAUAUGAGGAAGACUUCAAAAAAGAGCGAUCAGAUCGAGAAAGACUUAAUCAAGAGAAAGAGGAGCUACAGAAAAUUAACCAGACUUCACAAUCCCAGUUGAACAGGUUACAUUCUAAGAUAAAAGCAUGUCAGAUGGAGAAAGAAAAACUAGAAAAGCAACUGAAACAGAUUUAUUUUCAAAGCUGUAACUGUGGCUUGGGAUUGCACCUGUGGGAUCCCAGCACAACCACGGCUCAAGGAGCUGCCCAGGAGCCACAGAAACUGCAGCCAGACUAUCAGUGGUAUGCUCCUGACCAGCUUCUGCCAGAUGUGCAACACAAGGCAGAUGGUGCCUCAGAGAAGAAAGUCAGUCACUAGAAGCACAUGCAGGGAGAGUUUGGACAAAGAAGAUCAUUUUAACUUUUCUCUGUGCUUUGUGUCUGCUGCAAAUAUACAUUAUCUGUGCCACUUUUGUGCCUGGUAAUGUUUCUCUUUGGAGUGAAGUGAGAAAAGAUUUUGGACAGUGGAGAAACCUCUCAAGACUGAGGACCCAACAUGCUACAAUCAAGCAGUACCUCCAGCUCCCUCAAAAUGAGAUUGGGCAGGUGGCUUAAACACCACCCCUUGCAACUGUCUUCAACAUAUUGCUGCUGGAUUUAUGGAGAUGGUUUCAUGACCUCAGCAUCUCCACUUUUGCAUUGGCAUCAUAUGUGGAUUUAAAUGUAUUCCCUGGGGGGGGGAGAUCCUGUACUUGUGACUUUUAACAUUGCCCCCAUUAUUUUUAUAGGGGUUUCAUUCUCUAGCUGGUUUUACUAGUGACUUAUAUUCAUCAUUGCUAUUGGUCUCAGUGAACUUGUAAAUGGGAUUGAAGAGAUGUGUAUACUUCUUUAAGCUAAAUGAGCAGGGGCUGUGUGGUGGUAUACCACAUUACCAUGCCCAAGGACCUGAGUUCAGGCCCCCGCCCCCCGGCUCCCACCUACAAGGUGGAAGCUUCAGGUGGAACUUUGCUGCAGAUGUCUCUCUUCCUCUUCCCUUUGUCUCCCUCUCCAUUGUUUUCUAUCAGAGGGAAAAAAAAGAAGAAGAAGCCCCAGAAGUGGUGGUAGCAUCAUCACUAUGUAGGCAGUGAGGCACAGCAGUAAGUCUAGUGGUAUAUAAACAAACUAACAAAACAAAGCAAACAAACAAAAAAAAAAGGAGAAGAAGAAAAAAACUAAAUGAACAGUUCAAACUGAAUAAAAUGGUAAACUUGAAACUUUGUGGGAAUAACUGGAAGUAGUCAGUGGAAUACCACUCUAUAAUUUAAAAAAUAAUGAUAUUGUGUCCUUUGGGGCAAUUGUCACUCUUGAAGUAAAUUGUUUCCUUUUUAAAAGAUUUGUUGUUCGAUCCCCCAGCUCCCCACCUGCAGGGGAGUCGAUUCACAAGUGGUGAAGCAGGUCUGCAGGUGUCUUUUUCCUUCUCUUCUCUUCUCUUCUCUUCUCUUCUCUUCUCUUCUCUUCUCUUCUCUUCUCUUCUCUUCUCUUCUCUUCUCCUGAUUCCUCUCUGUCUUAUCUAACAACAACAACAACAAUUGUAACUACAACAAUAAAAAGAAACAAGGGCAACAAAAGGGAAUAUAUAAAGAAAUAAAUAUUUUUUAAAAAAGAUGUGUUUAUUUUUUUUGAGUGGGAGACCAGAGCAGCACUAUAGCAAAUGUAAUCCAGCCAGGACCAUUGCAAGUCCUGUGCUUUACCUGCUGAUCAACUUCUUUAAGAUGGUGAUUUUGUGAGCCAGUUUCAUUUCAGGUAAUAAUGAGUAACAGAUAAGUCCUAAUGUUAUGAGGAUGGUUUUACUAUGUUCAUAUUUACUUUGAGAAGCAUUUGAGAGA